GUUGGAGCACCUAGCCCGGGGGGGGGGGGGGGGGAGGUGACCUUGAGCGGCCGGAUGACCCGCUGCCCUUUGGCCCUGGACUCCUUUUAAAUGUAAGUUACAGCCCACCAAGUGCCGGCCCUGUGUAAAUCCUUCACGUGGAUUUUCUCGUUUCAUCCCCUGGGAGGUGGCGACUGUGAAUAACCCCAUUUUGCAGAAGAGGAAAUUGUGAAAGCAGAGCUGCUCCCCAUUCUAGUGUGUGCUGUGGUCUCUGAAUGCAGCGUCACUAGGAAUACAAGCCACUGGCUUCUUUCGCCUUCCCCACUUUGUGUUACACUGCCAUUUACUGGACACCUACUGUGUGCCAGGUUGUGGGAUCUGGUGCUGUUUACCGUAAGACCGUGGUUCCUACUUCACACAAAAUAAACAGGCUGAGAAAGAGGGACCCAAGAGCUCAUACGUCUGUCUGGCACCCAACGGCGGGUUUCUAAGAACCUUGUCUCAGAGCCCCAUCAACAAGACCUGCCUCUGGACUCUCAAGCCUCCCCUCCUGUGGUUUUUGUCCCCAAACCGGGUCCUUCAAUCGGAUACCCUCACUCACCUCCCACGGGAAACCUCCCCUAAUUCUCUCAGUCCCUCUCGGAACUCCUGUAAUUUCUAUCACUUCAUGCAAAUUACUAUCCUGUUACGCCAGCGGCCCAGCCACCCACCCACAUAUGCCCCAGGGUCCCAGCAGAAGCAGCAGCGAUAAUAAGAAGCACCCAGGAGGGGCAUCAAAUUUCUACCUCCCUGACCCAGGACCGUAGACCUCGAGGACCCGCACCGAAAGCCCAGACCCCAGAUGCAGGGCUUGCGCCCCUUCCCGGGCGCAGUUCCAAGCGCAGCCACCAGAUGGCGCCCGGCUCGCUCUAGCGGGGCUUGCAGUAAAGCUGUGCGGCCGCCAGAUGGCGUUCGAGACCGCAGUUCUGCGGGCAGUACCGGGACAAGGCGGAGACUAGAAGGCAGGCGGGUCCCAGUGCGGGCGCAGAAGCCCAAGCCAAGUGACCUGGACGUCGCUCCCUCCUGGCCGCACCAUGAUCCAGCCCGCACCCCGGCUCUCUGUGCCCGCCGCGUUGGUCCUGGGCUCCGCCGCUCUGGGCGCCGCCUUCGCCACCGGCCUCUUCCUGGGGAGACGGUGCCAUCCGGAGCGAUCCCGGCGAGAGAAGCGCCUGCUGCCCCCUGAAGACAGCCCCCUCUGGCAGUAUCUGCUGAGCCGCUCCAUGCGGGAGCAUCCGGUGCUGCGGAGCCUACGGCUGCUGACCCUGGAGCAGCCGCAGGGAGAUUCCAUGAUGACCUGUGAGCAGGCCCAGCUUCUGGCCAACCUGGCACGACUCAUCAAGGCGAAGAAGGCGCUGGACCUGGGCACUUUCACAGGCUACUCAGCCCUAGCGUUGGCCUUGGCGCUGCCCCCGGCCGGGCGCGUAAUAACCUGCGAGGUGAACCCAGAGCCUCCGGAGCUGGGGCGGCCCCUGUGGAGGCAGGCUGAGGAGGAACACAAGAUCGACCUUCGGUUGAAGCCCGCCCUGGAGACCCUGGACGAGCUCCUGGCCGCGGGCGAAGCUGGCACCUUCGACGUGGCCGUGGUAGACGCGGACAAGGAGAACUGUGCCGCCUACUAUGAGCGGUGCCUGCAGCUGCUGCGCCCUGGAGGAGUCCUCGCCGUCCUCAGCGUCCUGUGGCGCGGAGAGGUGUUACAGCCUCAACCGCGGGACACCGAGGCCCAGUGCGUGCGGAACCUGAACGAGCGCAUCCUGCGGGACGCCAGGGUCCACAUCAGCCUUCUGCCUCUGGGCGACGGCCUCACCUUAGCCUUCAAGAUCUAGGGCUGGCCCCCCGAGAGUGGCCUCAAGUGAGGGGACCUGGGUACCCCAGACAUCAACCCUGAGUUCUAAAUUCGACAAUAAAGUGGGGCCUGGGACAAGA